CAAACAAACAGCAGCUCAGUCAAAGACGACGAUCUUUAUUUUUCAUGGUUUAUUUUGAUUUUAUUUCACUGCUGUUAAUCUCAAAUGUCAGUCCGUGACAUCAGAAUGACGUAUCGCUGUGGCCACGCCCAUCAUCCUGCGAUGCGCAGUCACAGCAUCGUCGUCCUCACCGUCAAUGUUUUUGGAGAAGAGGAAACGGUUUAUGUCCCACUCCAUGCUGUCCAUGUCUCCUCGCUUUCUGUCCUUGUCCCUGGCGGCGCCGCAGCACUGGGUCCAGUAAGCGGAGUGUGAGCGUUGAGAUCAUCUGCACCUUCACUGCAUGGUGCUUUAGCUCCUCCUCCUACUGGAUGAUGGACAGCUCUCCCAAACUGUCUGGCGAGACACUGAUCGUGCAUCACAUUCCGCUGGUGCACUGUCAGGUGUCGGGCCGGCGGCCACGGGGCAGCUGCGAUGCUGUUUCACUGAAGAGGAGCAACCCGUUCAGCUCACCUGAGAACCUGGGCCUGAGCCGCACCACUUCACUUCCAGAGAGAGACGUCCUCCAGAGGGAGGCGCUGUUGUACAGCAGCCUGAUCCACACCUCCAGGGGCUCCAGCUCCUCCCACACAGGACGAGAGCGUGGCGACAGAGGAGGCGGCGGCAUGAUGAGUGAUGACUCAUCGUUUACUUCAAGCAAUUCCGAGGAUCAGCUGAUCACAGCUCACACGCUACCACGAGCCAAACCGAGAAACAGGAACCCACUGCGCCACAACCCGUUCCUGCUGAACGCCAAGGACGAAGAAGACGACGAGGGGGACGCCGAUGACUUCAACAGUUACUUCGAGGACUCCUCCUUUCACCUCCACGGCGACACUAGCCCCGCCCUCGCUCCUUUCCACCUGCACGACCUGGACUUUGCGUCAGGGCCGUUUGUGUUACACGGUUCAGUACGGGGAAGCAGCCACGAGUCCCUGAGGGGCGGGGCCUCAGAUCUUUCCACUCACCUGGAAGACCUGGACAUCCUCGGUCUGGACCGUCAGCGUCGCCAUGGCAGCAGUGGUUCCAACAUGUCCAUGGACUGUGGCGAGCAGGACUGGGGCGAUGAAGAAGACGAUGACGAUCACCUGAUGAGGUGUGGGCGGAGCAGUAAGACGGGCUCGUACUCGUCGAGCUCAUCGAUGCAGCACUGCUCCUGCUGCGUGCUAUCGCACAACUUCCCCGAAACCUUCUCCGAACCGUGUCACCGCGGUUACGCCAGCGACUCAUCCUGUAACAGCUCAGACGGUGUCCUCGUCAAUUUCAGCGCCAUCUACAACAAGAUGAACAACGGCGUGCCGGAGAGGCCGCCAGUGUCCACACGCGCUAACCUCAACAGCUCCACAGAUCCGGAUUACUCCCGCACCGCGCCGACCUCUGACCCUGCAGGAAAACUGCCAGACUCAGGGGGCGGGGCCUUUUAUUUGGACCUUCAUACCUCGCCGACUGAACCUCCGUCGCCGACACAACAAGCGUCCUGCCCCGGCCACGCCUUCCCUCUGAUCCAUGAGCCACACCUGUCCACCUCUUCCACCUGCUCAUGCUCAGUGGAGCACCAGGGGGCGCUGGACCUCGACGCCAACUGCAACUCGUACCUUCCUCCGCACUCCGGGUUGUCAGGUGACCUGGCGUCCUGUCUGCAGAGCCAGGCCCGCCUGGUCGUCGCCACCCAGAACUACUACAAGCUGGUGACCUGUGACCUUUCGUCCCAGUCUUCACCAAGCCCCGCCCCCUCAUCAGUCAAUAGCUGCUCUGAUGAACACAGCAGAGGAAGCCCCACCCCCACACAGCCCAGCGAGUACUUCCUGUUCAGACAGGAAGCGGGUCAGAGCGACGUGAACGAGGAGGACGAAAGGAGACCGUCGCCACAGAAAGAAAAAAACAAUGAGGAGGAGGAGGAGGAGAAGAUGAAGAAUCAAGCAGCAGGAGGUGCUGGAGCUCCUUCUCCAAUGAUUCAGGGUCAGGUAUAUGUCAACACCUCCCCCCCUGUGAUUGGCCGGAACGUCAUUGGAGGAGCCUGUUCUGGAAGUCGUCCACGUUCACGCAGCUACGAUCGUAACCUGGACAAAUCUCCAUCUCCUCGUCUCGGAUCUCUGGAGCGAAUGUUGAGCUGCCCGGUCCGACUCAGCGAAGGCACCUCCCCGGCCCCGCCUCCUCCCCCACGGGUCACUUCCUUUGCAGAAAUCGCCAGAAGUAAAAGACGAAAUGGAGGAGCGGGGGGGUCGCCGUCAUCAAAGGUGGCCGCAGACCUUUUCUCCUCCACCUACUCCGCCCACUCUCACUCCUCUGUGGAUUUCUCUCCAAUCCUGGAACAGCGUGUGGAGGCCGAAAGGCGGAGCCUCUCACCUGUCACCUUCACCAGGUGUUAUAGCCAUGGCAGCAUGGAGCGCCACCUGGAGGCAGCCAGGGAGAGCCACACCGAGGCUGAAGGUGUCUCCACCUCCUCACACUGCCCCCCAGUGGCGGUGGUGCGGUACAGUCGCGACCAACGUCCCACAUCUCUGCCGAUUCAGCCGUUCACCUUCCAUCACCAGUUCACUUGUAAAGCUGCUCAGUGUAAACCUGUGCUGCCGCCGCUCUCAGCCUUUGUCUCUGGGAUGCAGACUCGUGGCGACUCCGCCUCCUCCCCAGGUUCUGGUUCAGAUCCAGGUUCUGGAGGUCCGGUCUGUGAGGCUGGAAAAGUUCUGAGGACAGCGGACCCUCCUCCCGCUUUAGUUCGGCCCUCGCCUCUCGGAAGCUACACUCCAGUCCGUCUGCAGGGGGCAUCGAGCUCUGAGACGAGCUCUCAGCCGCCGUCACCACCGCAUGACGGCUCCCUGUCGGCGCUACUUGCACCCCCCCACACCCCUCUGCAGGCCAAACAGGGGGCGAGGUCAGCACCGUUACCACAAAAUCCUCCUCCAUCUCUGACCAUUAAGAGAGGGGCGGUGCCACAGCCACUGACGACGUUCCACUGUGGAGCCCCGCCCCCUCUGAGUCCACUGAGCUACGCGGAGUCUGGAAAACAUGGAGGCGGAGCCAGAACACAUAAUGCGCACCAUCUCUCUCCCCAAGCUCUGAAAUGGAGGGAGUACCGGCGCCAGAACCCUCUGAGUGUGGAGCGAGUCUGUGGAUCCAACUUCCUGUGCGCUAACGCUGAACCACAGCGAGCAGCGGGACCACGCCCCUCAAGACGCAACGUGUUUGAUUUCCCCACAGCGCCCUCUAGCUGCAGGCCGGGACAACUUCAUGGUGCUGGCUCAUCAGUGAAGAGCGACUUCCUUCCAGAUUAUUUCUCUCUGUCUGAAAAACCUCCAGAAGAAUUUUGUCUCUCUCCUGACACCUCGUCUUCAUCACUGUCCUCCUCCUCAUCACAGUCUUAUGUUUCUGUGGACCUGACACAGAAGAGAGCUCUGGUGAAAGCUGUGAACAGAGCCGUGGAUCUGAUCGUGGCUCAUUUUAGCACCAGUCGAGACGCAGACGUGAAGGCCAAGCUGGGGAACAGCUGUGUGAGUCCUAACGUGGGUCACCUGAUCCUGAAGUACCUUUGCCCCGCCCUCUGUGACGUGCUGCAGGACGGGCUGAAGGCGUUUGUGCUCGAUCUGAUCGUCGGUCAGCGCCGCUGUCGGCCCUGGACUCUGGUGGAGACGUCCACUCAGCUGGGUCCGUCCACUCGUGUCCUUCACACCUUGUUCUCUAAGGUGAGUCAGUUCUCGGAGCUCAGCAGCGCCACCAUGAGGAUGAACGCCUUCAUCUUUGGUCUCCUGAAUCUGAAAUCUCUGGAGUUCUGGUUCAGUCAUCUGCACACACACGAAGAUAUAAUCGCAGCUCAUUAUAAUCCGUGGGGUUUCCUGCCGCUGUCGCAGGGGCCCUUCCGCCUGGUCUUUCAGGAGCUCCUCCUCCUUCUGCAGCCAUUGUCGCUCCUCCCCUUUGACCUGGACCUGCUCUUUGAGCCACACCUUCUCCAGAAGGGGGCGGAGCACAUGCGUUGUAAGGAGCAGCUGUGUUCAGCGGGCCAGAGAGUCGACCAAUCAGCUCGCUCCACCUUCCAGCUCAUGAGAGGAUGGAGUGCCACGGUCAGCGAAAUGGUCAGAAACACGAGCGGAGAGACGAAGGCGGAGAGGGCGGGGCUUAGACGAGAGGGGACGUGGCCGAGGAUGGAGGGAGCGAGGAGCAGGAGGAGGAUGGAGGGAGCAGGAAGUGAGGAGACAACAGGUGAGCGGAGAGAGACAGGUGUGGGACAGGAAGAGAGGAGGAGCAGAAAAGAGGGGGAGGAGUCAGAGGAGGGGCGUCAGCGGCGGCAGGCGGGCUGGUGGUAUCAGCUGAUGCAGUCCUCUCAGGUCUACAUCGACAAAUCCAAUGAGAAGACCAAGUUCAUCAAGAAGUCCACGGAGAGACGACGUGGUCAAGCCCCGCCCACCAGAGAAGGAGUGGUGGAGGGGGCGGAGUCACGCCCAGAGGGGGAGGGCUUCAGAAGCAGCAGUGAGGAGUCAUGUGGACAGAGAAGGAGACCGUCGUGGAUGGGCAGUCCUCCAGAGUCUGUCCUCAGCCCCACAGCUCCACCUGCUGGACCGGAGACCAGCUGUCUGCGCUGGAGCAGGCUGUUUGGAUCCAGCCCAUGGGAGGGGCCAGGGCUUAGGGGGCGGGGCCAGAAGACAAGGCCGCCGUCAGGCUGGCUCGCUCUCGAUCGCUCCGUGCUCGACCUCGUCGUUCACACCAUCGGAGCGGGAAGUGGGAAGAAGGCGGAGCCUCCGACAGCUGUCACUCACAUCGUGACGCCACCACAACAACCUGAAGCCAAACAACCGUCUCCAUGUGAAGUGCGAGCUCUGUGUCACCACAUAGCGACAGAGCGCGGUCAGCUGAGCUUCAACAAGGGCGACGUCCUGCGAGUCAUCAGCAGGGCCCAUCCUGAUUGGCUGCUCUGCUCACUGGGCUCCACCCACGGAUUAGUCCCCAUUGUAUACGUCACCCUGAACAACCGGCAGGACAACCUGGAGGACGCUGCUGUGAAGCUCAGCGGUGAUGAAGAGGACGUGUAGAAGAGAUGAAGAUGAAGAUGAAGAAGCAUGACGAGUGAAACAGGAGCUCACGUCUGCAUGAACACCAAGAAAAAACAAAAUCUCAACUUCUUCUUCUUUGCUUCCAGCUGACACAUGGUCACUUCCUGUGUCACUUCCUGUGUGGCUGUUGUCCCUGGACUCUGCUCAGCUGAUGAUUUCCUUGUCUUAGAUGAUGGUGGUGAUGAUGAUGACGAUGGUGAUGAUGAUGAUGUUGUUACGUUGUUUACUUGAGUCUCAGCUCACUGUCGUGUAGUUUAGUAAACAGCGUGAUCAAAGAGAAGAGAAACACGUGUUUUCAUCAUAAAUUACUUUAGAAAACUCUUAUGUUUCAUGAAGGGGCCCCAGGUGAAGGGGACAUGGGGCCCCCAUAGUCUUUGAGACGCCCCUGCAUGGCCUCCUGCAGUUUUUACACUGGUUCAGAGAAAUGAAGACGACGUCUUGUCCUCUGUUUCAGCAUGAUUCUUAGUACAGAGUUAUUCUUAGUUCAGAGGUCAGUGAACGCAUCACAGUGUGUGUGUGUGUGAGUGAGAGUCAUUAU